UACCUUUUGGUUUGUAUGAAGAACCCUGCCCCGCGGACAGACUGGCGCGCCUCUGUUGCGCAGGCGCAGAACUACAACUUCAGGGUUUUCCCCAACGGCCUGUUUUUUGCACGUUAGGAGAAACUACACUUCCCAUAAUCCUUUGUUCCAGGGUUGGGCGCUUCUGGGCUCCGGAAUCGCCGGCGGCCGGGCCUGCCGGACCCACUGAGGAUAUGGCUCUCUUGGCUGCAUCCCUGUUGGGCCCCACGAGUAGGUCGGCAGCGUUGCUGGGUGGCAGGUGGCUCCAGCCCCGGGCCUGGCUGGGGUUCCCGGACGCCUGGGGCCUCCCCACCCCACAGCAGGCCCGGGGCAAGACUCGCGGAAACGAGUAUCAGCCGAGCAACAUCAAACGGAAGAACAAGCACGGCUGGGUCCGGCGCCUGAGCACGCCGGCCGGCGUCCAGGUCAUCCUUCGCCGAAUGCUCAAGGGCCGCAAGUCGCUGAGCCAUUGAGGAUCGCGAUGCUGUCGGCGGGACCCCCAUAGAAGCAUUGCCCUCACCUCGCGACCUUGCCUGGCGCUGUUUUUGCAGGGAGCUGGGGAGCAGGAACGCCUCGGACUUGAGUGCUCUCCGUAUUGUGGGGUUGAAGGCUGCAUGGGAGCUUGCCAAGUCCCUUUUUAGGCUUUUUAGGAAGCCUAAAUUAGGAAGCAUUUCGAACCUGCGCAACAGACCGAAGAACAGUACAACGAACCUCCUUGUACCCAGUACACAGCCCUGACUACCGACCACCUACAACCCGUCCCUGCCCCAUCCUUGGUUCUUUUGAAGCUGAUCUCAGGCAUCGGAUGAUUUCUUCUAUAAAUAUUUCUUGUAUCUCGGAGAGAAUGUAUCUCUCCAAGAUGAGAGCUCAUUAAAAUAUAAUUACAAAGCGUAUCACAUCCAAAGGAAUUAUCAAUAAUUUUGAAAUAUUGUUAAACGUGUAAUAAAUGUUCAAAGUUCCAGUUGC